AAUUAAAAAUUGACGGUUCUAAUCCGAACUGACUGACACCAAAAUUUACAUUUGUUCCCGCAAAAACUAGAACGAAGUAUACUUCAAAUAAAAAUGGAGUUCAAAUGCAGUGAAUUGAAGACAUGGAAAGAAGCACUAACUUCUUACCAAUCUACCAUUAAUCUUCUCUCUUCAAACAAACCUGAUCUCGUUUCUCUCAACAAUUUCUACUGUACUCAACUCCCUUCUCUUCUCCAUUCCCGUCUUCCGGAACCCUACCUCAUUCGUUCCGAGCUUCACACUCUCAUGCAAUGGAAGCUUACCCGCGGCAAAUUCAGACCGCGGUUACUAGAUUUUGUGGCGUCCCUUGAUGAAGAACUUGUGAAAUCGGCAUCUCUGAAAGCGUUUUUGGCUCUUCCUCAUGAUUUAUCUAAAGCUGUUUUGGAAUUAACGGCUUUAAAGGGUGUGGGUCCCGCCACUGCCUCCGCUGUUCUAGCCGCCUAUGAUCCUCAAGUUGCCCCUUUUAUGUCCGAUGAAGCUAUGGUGGCAGUGUUAGGUCAUUCAAAAGAUUAUUCGUUGAAACAAUAUCUACUGCUUGCGGAUAAAUUGCGAGAGAAAGCAAAGGAACUAAGUUCUGAAGACGAGCAGUUCACUGCAUCAGAUGUGGAAAGGGCUCUCUGGAGCUCUGCUGUUGGAGCUAAACUAACUGCUACCUCUGCCAAGGAGGGACAAGUUACUUCAAAGAAAUCCUGUGGGAGAAAAAGGAAAAAGUCUAGCUGAAAUCUGGUGAAUUCUUUCCUUCAAUGGUUGUCAACGAUUGUUCUAAUAUGGUUAUCGUGUUAGCUUUAGAGAAGUAGUUGUCGUUUUGUCGUUCAAUCUGAUUCCCUUAACUUCUGACCAAAUUCAGCUUCUAUGAUUUGUGUUUUAUGAUGUCCUAGAACAAUAUUAAGAGAAUUAACGUAAACGUGUAACGUUUUAGAACAACUCGCAUUUGUACUUUGUAUUCAUAGAAAACUGUCCCUGUUUUCCUCUUGUUUUUGUCCUCCCCUCUGCUCACUAGAAAUUCAAUCAUCAUAUGCUUAUCUUGUCCAGUGCUUACGUUUCUCCGCACCUACUUUUCUCCCUCACAUUCGGCAUCAAAUUGUUUACUUGAGCGUCUUCUUUGCUAGACUUCUUUCCUAGCCCGUCAGCACCUACUGUUGAGUUAUCAUGCAUGAUACAACAUUCUUGCUUCAUUAAUUUAUGAAUCCACUGCAUUUUUUGUUACUUUAUGAUUAGAAUAGGAAGGAGUAUAUAGUUUGAUUGGUACAAAAGCUUCUUAAAAGUUGAGUAGCCAUUGUUAAACAACAAUGUUUACUUUGCUAGUUUUUUUAUAUACAUUUUAUUUCGUUCCAUUCAUGAUAAGAGUUCUAAGAUUAAAGUUUGCAAAUGUUGUUCCAAAACAUUGUGCUUAUAGCCUUAUAUUUUGUUAGAUGGUUUAGUGCUUAGAAAGUUUAGGUCUUAGCUAGAGAGUAGUGAUAGUGUACAUAAUGUGAGUUGUAACUUGCAAGUACUUCAACUUGAGAUCAGGAAAGAAAACAAUGGCCUUCUAAAUGGACUUAUAUUACUAUCUUUAUUGGGAGAUUAUUUUCUUUUUGAGGAAACUCUUUAGUUAGCAUCUUUAUAGUAAAAUGUGCUUGGAAUGGUUUACUCUUAGCAUUGGUGAUCUUUUGGUAAAUUCUCAAGAUGUGUACGAGUGAAAAUAAAAUAUUCUUGAAAAGAUAUAUGUUAGUUUGUGGGGCUGCUCAAUAACUCUAUCUCUAUGGGUAAUGAAAUUGACUUGGACGACUUCUAACUUGUGACUGUAGUUCAAAGUUUCAUAUGUUAUUUGUAAAACUACUUUUAUGAUCAUGAGAACUUCUGAAACGUAUACGAUGCAAUUGCAAUACAUUUAUUUGGCAUUUUGCAUUUUUUGAUCAAAAGUUUAUAACUCAAUGCAUAGUGUGUAAUACCCAAUAGCACUAUUAGAAGUUUUAUGCCUAGACUUUAAUGGAUUUAUCCAUCUAAAUUGUCCUUUUUCAGCAUGGAAAUGGAUUAACUUUAUUUUAUUCAUUCUUUAUAUUAGGAAUCAAUCGAAAAAAUCUUUUUAUCAUCACAAACAAGUGUCUAACAAGGAUAUAUUUGCGACUUAAUGACAUCAAAACAAUGAAGUGUUAUCGUCCUCUCAACUUUGUCUUUUUUUGUGCCAUCUUUUAUGUGUAAGUGGAUGCAGGCACAAUUGAAGUAGUCCAUAAUAUUUUAACAUGGCUCUUACUUAUACAUUGCACUACAUGACGCAUGUCACGUCUAUUAUCUCUAUAUACUACGCAUCACUAAUUCACUAUUUCACUUGGUUCUACGUGCUUAUGUUAUCGGUCUCUACGGCCGCCCGUUUUGCCCCAUGGGACGUUUCAAAUGAAAAUUUAAAGUAAAUAAAUAAAAUUAUAUAAAAAAUCUCAAAUAAUUAUUGGAGAAAUUUAUUUUUCAAAAUAAUUACUUUUAGCCCAAUGCUAAGGCUUGGUAUUUGUUCGCACUUACAAACAGCGGUCUAUUACUAAGUUGAGUCAAAGGAAUUCAACUCAGCAAUCUGCCGCUGUUAGUAAGAGCGGCCUAUUGCUGAGCUGACUUCUUAUAUUAAAAAGAAUUCUUGUGAGAGAUAAAUUUGCCUCAUCUUUUUUAGUUCAUCAAAUAUAUUCGGUUUCUAUUUUUAGCCAUAAAUAUCACUUUUUUAAUUUCUUAUCCCUACAUUUUACUUACAUUUCUAUCUUAUCCAAUUAUUUUCCCAUUAUCUUUCAAUUUUUUUUUGUGUCAUUUUUUUUGUUUUUCUACUAAAUAUAUAUGAGGCAAAUUUAGUGAAACUUAGUUUUAUGAAACAAGGUAAUAAUAAAGGCUUAUUUUCAGCCCAUUUUAUUUUGUAAAUUAAAGACUCGUUUAAAGCCAAUCUAGCUCAAUCCGUUUAAAACCUACAUAUUUGUUUAGUCGGAUCAGGACUCCAAUAAGAAACAUGCCCUUUGCACUACUCUAGUGAGGAAUUAAGAAAUAUAACUUAAAGUUAAAAGUAUCAUUAAUUUCAUAUCAAAAAAUUAUCUUUAAUUUUGUUGCUAGUGGAGAAAAGUCAAUAUUGUCCUUGUUUAUAUUGCAUUAACCAUUAACUGAUAAAUGGUAGGAGGGUAGAACACAUUCUUUAUUUAAGUUCUGGGGUUCCUAAAAAUAAAUGGUAGGACACAUAAAAAUAAAAUAAAUUUUUAGUAAUAAUGAGAAUCAAUCAAUCUACACAAAAUAUCUUUAAGUUCAAGGAAUUAGCUUGAUUUUGUUCACCAUAUAUAUUUAUGAUCGGGGUGGUCGCAUUUUAUUUCAUUAUUAAUGGCCAACUACUAUUGGGUUUUAUUUGUUUUUUCUCAUAAUAUUUUGAUAGUGUCUUUCAAAUUUUCCCAUCAUGCAAAAAAUAAUUGAAAAAUUAGUAUGAAACGAACCUAAUGAAAUUGUUUGUUGUUGGGAACUAUACCUAGCAAAAAAUGUAAAUAUAGACAAUUCCAUUAAGUCCAUUAUGUGGGGCCUACACGAAUAAACGUUUUUUUUUUUUUUUUUUUUUUUUUUUUACAUUUCUUCCCAAAAUCCCUAAAAAAAACAAAUGUGUAUUUAGCCAAAUUCUUCUAUCUCUAGCAUUUAGAGUUCAAAACUUUGCCCAAA